UGGCAGUGUGGCGGCAGUAUGGAGGUUUUGCCUUGCGCCCGAGUCGCUCACAUUGAACGCACAAAGAAGCCUUACAAUAACGAUAUUGAUUACUAUGCAAAGAGGAACGCACUGAGAGCCGCAGAGGUGUGGAUGGACGAAUUCAAGUCCCAUGUAUACAUGGCCUGGAACAUACCUAUGAAUAACCCUGGUGUUGAUUUCGGAGAUGUUUCGGAAAGAAUCGCCUUGAGAAAAAGACUGCAAUGUCGGAGUUUCCGGUGGUAUCUUGAAAAUGUCUAUCCUGAGAUGAGGAUUUACAAUAACACCAUAACCUAUGGAGAGGUGAGAAACAGCAAGGCCAGCGGCUAUUGCUUAGACCAGGGAUCUGAAGACGAUGAUAAAGCCAUUCUAUAUCCAUGCCAUGGGAUGUCAUCUCAGCUGGCCCGCUAUUCUACAGAAGGCCUGUUACAGCUAGGACCCUUGGGGUCAACCACUUUCCUGCCCGAUACCAAGUGCUUGGUAGAUGAUGGGAGAGGAAGAACUCCAAGUCUGAAAAAAUGUGAUGAUGUUACACGAUCAUCUCAGAGGCUUUGGGAUUUCACCCAGAAUGGCCCAAUCAUAAGCAGGGAUACAGGGCGAUGUUUGGAGGUGGAAAUGUCCAAAGAAGCAAACUUUGGGUUGCGGCUUGUAGUACAGAGAUGCUCGGGCCAGAAGUGGAUGAUAAGGAACUGGAUUAAGCACCCAAGGCAUUAACAUAAGGCUCCUGCUGUUGACCAUUGGGUGUCUGGACUCAGCCAGAUGCAUUCAGGGAAACAAGGCACUCAUUUCCUCAGUUGGGAUUGUCAGGAAUGUGUAUGUGACCAGAGAACAAUGGGCUGAUACACUCAGAUGCGAAGAUGUGAUGAAUGUGUGGCAUCAUACUAAAGCUCUCUGGCUGAAAUGCUUAAGAACAACUCUGACUUUAUCUUAGAAAGUGUUAUGCCACAGGGACCCAUGCUCUGGCAACAGAAAUGAAUGACAAGUCGCCCUCUUUGAAACAGUCCGUAUUUCCAAAGCCAUUUCCCCUCAUAUACAAGGAAGGACUGACAAUGGGAAUAUCUUACACUUGGUUUCCUGAAGCAUGGAAUCAAUAUCAUGUUUGAAUCCAGUUAAGGAGCAAAAAUAAAUAAGACCUUAUACCAGGUGUUUUUGCAAACGUCCAGACAAUACAAGCAUUUAUACCCGUUUUAGAUUUCAAAAGGGCAAUGUGUACAUUUUAAUACCCUUUGCAACCUAUUAUGCUUGCAAAUACAUGGUAUUGUCAAAUUUACUACGCUAGCAAAAGACUGCUAGGUUAUUUGGAGACCUGAAGAUUUCUUUUUCAGAUAUUGGUUCUCACAAGACAACACCAAGCCAGUUUUUUUUUUUUAAGUUUUAACUUUCUGACUGAUGCACAAACUUUCAAGACUGAUUAUGUGCCUUUUUUCAUUAUUAUGCUAUGUCUGAACUGGGUAAUGUCAGCCCCAAAGCAUGUCUGAUUACUUUUACCAAGAAAACAAAUAAUAUAUGUAAAAAUGUCAUAUAAUAGUAAUAUAUUGUAAAAUUGAACAAGAUCAACCGAAAAUUAAAAAAAAAGUUUUUAUGAUGAAUUGUCGGCUUUCUUUAGUUUAGAAUUUGCUCCAGACUUCCCUAGUCUUUGUGGUAACUUGAUUUCCUACAACACAAAGACAAUAUUGCUAGUCAAAGGCACACUGCCCUCUUAAGGCAAAGAAGGAAAUCUGAAAAUAGUGCUUUUGUUGCAUCCCUAUGUCACAACGUACAGUACCUACACUGUGUAGCACAUGGAAAGUGGACAAGAUUAAACAUUACGCCACUGUGGUAUUCCUCCCAUGCAGAAGAGACACAUGCAGAGCUGAAUUGUGCUCUGGCUAUCCCUUCCUUACCUGAUCACGUAACAUUACUGACACUAUAAAAACAUACUUCAGUGCAAAAUUAUUCCUUUUCUAAGCUUAGGAUGUUUCAUAAUUCCUAAAAUAAAUAAAAUGAUAAAGUUGCAAAUGAAAAAUGCAUCGAUAUUUCUUCAUCCUCACAGGUGUAUCCUCUUUGUUCCUCUGGGAAUUGGGUUUGUUAAU